GAUAGACAACAAAGAGAGACAGAUAGAGAAAUGUCAUCGAGAGCAUUGAGAAAGCUAAAGAACACAGAUACCAAUAAUGUGGUGGUUGACGACCAUUCAGAUGACAGUGAUGAUGACAUUGAUGAUAUCGUCGAUAGUCAGGUCACCAAGAAAACAACUACAAAGUUUGCUACAUUGUUGUUGACUGAUGAUGAUGAUGACAAUGACAAUGACAACGAUGUUGAUAACAAUGAUGAUGAUGAAGAUGAGGAUGAGGUUGUAGUUGCAUCGUCAAAGAACAAGAAGAAGGCUGUCACUUCUCCACCAGCACCAUCCAAGGCCACUUCAAAGAAGAAGAACAACAAGAAGAAACAACAAAAGAAGAAGACCGCAGCUGCCAACAAUAAGGAUGACGACAUUCUUGCCGAGUUGACAAACAACAACAAUACAACAUCAACUACCAGCACGACCUCAACCACCUCCUCAUCAUCAACAUCCAGUAGUUCAAUAUACAAAGAGAUGUUGUCCAUUGACAACAAACACUUGAACCCAUCAUUCGAACUGAAGAAGCUAUUCGGAUGCAAGGUCAGCGACAUGAAAGAGAUGAAGAAGAAGAACAACAAUGUACACUCCAAUCUCAAUCUGUCAAAGAAGAGGAGCUGGCUCUUUGUACAGCCUCAGCAGGAUUGGCCAGAGAUCAUGAGCUCGAUGGUGAUGGAGCUGGACAGGAGCGAAGGCGACGUCAACUACUUCAAAAUCCGUUGGAGCGACACAUACAAGAGCAUACAGGAGGAGUUCUAUCAUGUGCUGGGCACUCACGACCCAAUGAACAUUGGCGAGCUGCUCAGGUAUCAUCCCUAUCACAUCGACUCGCUGCUACAGCUGAGCCAGGUGUGUUUGCAGACAUCGGACUUCCAGCAUGCCGGAGACUUUGUUGAGCGCGCCGUCUUUGCAUUCGAAUGCAGCUGGCAUCAUCAGUUCAAUCCAACACUCGGUAACUCGAGGCUGGAGUACAAGAUACCCGAGAACAAGACAUGUUUCUUGGCGAUGUUCAGACACAUUCAGAUCCUUGGUCGUAGAGGUUGUCCAAGGACUGCAUUGGAGUAUUGUAAGAUAUUGUUGUCAUUCGACUAUAGCGACCCAUUGUUUGUACGAUUGAUCAUCGAUUAUUAUGCACUCAAGUCCAAGCAGUAUGGUUUCUUGGUCGAUCUAUACACGCGAGCCCAGCGAUUGACUCCAAACACUCAGGCAUUGGACCUCCUGCCAAACUUUUGUUACUCGGCAGCACUUGCCCAGUUCCUGUUGGACAGCGAUACACCGGCCAACGUCGACGCUGCAGACAAGCUCUUGAUAAAGGCAUUGAUCCGCUUCCCAAUGAUGCUGCGUCCUCUUCUCGAGAAGACUAAGGCCAACCUGACUCUGAUACCCGAGGGCGGUGGUCGACCCGUUCAGUUGGAGGAGCACGCAUUCUUCAAGAACACCGAUCAGCUCAAGCCAGUGGAGCAUCUCAUCAAUCUCUUUGUCGAGAGGAAUCAUCAACUGUGGCAGCAACCACAGAUCAUCGCAUGGAUCAAGAGGAACGUGCAAAAGGUCAUUGCGAUGGUGGAUGCAGGCGAUCAGGCCAUCGUGGACGAUCAACUGCUGAUCCUCAAGGAGUACAGUGUCAUUGAUCAAUCGAUAUUCGAUCAUCUGUUCCUCUCAGAGUACUCGGACGUCGUGCAGAGACUGCCGCCCGAUGUCAUUGAGAUGAUGCGUGCCGAUGGAUUCAACAACAUUGAGCCACCCAGAGGCGUGGACCCAAGACGAGGCAUUGGCGCAGGCUACCAAGUCUACCGACAGCCACGAUUCGUUCAACAGAGACAACUGCAGCAGCAAAUACAACAACAGAUGCAACAGUUGCAGCAGCAGCAACCAGAACCAUUGUUCCCAGAGAAUGGCGCACCAAAUGCCUUGUUGCAUUUCUUCCACACAUUGAUGCCAUGGGCUGGCGAAGGAGGACAGCAACAGCAACAACAACAGCUACAACAAGCAGCAAGAGGAUUCUUGGAUGAUUAUGUCGAUGAUCUAAUUCUUGAGGAUGGUGACGAUGAUCAACGACCACCCGCACCCAACAGGAACCAACGUAGGAGA